ACAGAUACAGAGUACAAGACGAGUUAUUUUCCUUCUCUCUCUCUCUCUCUCUCUCUCUCUCUUUCCUCCACACCCACAGUCUCAGUGACGUAAAAACCUCUCAUGAACAGUUGACGACUCGACAAUACCCCAGCAUCCUGUCUCUGAAGAUGGACUUUGAUUAUCAAAAAAUUAAAGAUGACGAAUCACGUCAGAGGGAAGAGCGAAUCAGCUCUUUCCCGGUCCUCCAGCCGAGACCCGUUCCUCGGGUAACUACUGCUACAGAAGCUCCAUCGUGUAAACAGAAGCCUCCAAUCAAACCCAGACGCAGCAUCAAAUGCCGGGCCAACCCGCAGCCCGAAUCAGGACAGUCGCAUGGCCAGGACAAUCAGACGGAGAACGUGGAACGGAAGCGAAUUGCACCAUCACAGGUGCUGAACCCUAUAGUGUCCCUGGAUGCUCAGACUCCAUCUCUGCAGGCUCAUAAUCUGCUGUGGUUUCAGAGAACGCAGCUGCCUCGCCUGCCAAAACCCGUGCCUAGCUGGCUCCAUGGCUUUGCCACACGCAGGGAAGCCGAGCAGCUACUGCAGGAUAAACCACAGGGCUGCUUCCUGUUGAGGCUCAGCGAGUCGAAGGUCGGCUUUGUGCUCUCUUAUAGAGGUGCAGAUAAGUGCCGUCACUUCAUCAUAGACGAAGAAUGUGAUGCGUCUGGGACUGAAGGUCGAUACGUCAUCGCUGGCGAGAACAGCAAGCAUUGCAGUCUUGAGGAACUGAUAAACUACUAUACCCACAAUCCAGUGGGGCCUUUUAACGAAAGACUCACUGUGGCUUGCAUGCAGUCGAACAGCAGCUCUGAGGAUAAAGCACAGCUGGAUGUGAGAACCAAAGCAGAAACAGAUGAAGAAAGAGUAGCCACUCCACCAUGUAGUAAAGAAUACCCUCCUUUCUCCUCCGAUGUCCAAACUGCCCCGGAGUCAGCACAGUACGCUGUAGUGAGGAAAGCUCUGAGGAAGUCUCACUCUGAAUCCGAGUGUGUGACCAUGCUGCCACUGGUCCAAGAAACUACAGAUACAGGAACGGAAACUGAGAACAACACACCCGAUUCUGUAUUUGACAACACAGACAUAUGUGUAGGAGGAGACGUAGCCCACCCUGUGGAUGCCCCCUACGCACGGGUCAACAAACCCCAUCGACCAACACAGCCUUCCUCCAUCGACCACACGGAUACCAGUGCAUGGGGUGCAUCAGCGGCCACUGAGUCUCAGUCUUUCCCAAGUGUUGCAGCUGUAGCAGAGCAGAAAUACUGCGAACUGGAGCCCAUGCAUACGUAUGAGGAAGCUCAGCACACACGCACUCGCGAAAACCAGAUCGAUUUCUACGCAGUGGGACGUCACGCAGUGGGAGAAAACACAAGGGAUCAAGAUUUGCAAGCCAAUCACGUCUACUCAGAGGUCAACAUUAAAGGAUCCAGAGAUGACCCCAUGUCGGCUUCUCCGCCGCUCUGGACGGGUACAACAUUCAUCUCUACCCAGUCUUCCACAAGGUCUAUUCCUAGACUGCCCCCGAGAUCUAACUUUAGACCUGCACCUACCCCAGCGAGAGGCGAGAGCAGCACUCCGAACGUUGGUGCUUCGGCGAUGAGGAACCCACCCCUCAUGGCGGCAGAAAGCUCGGAGUUCUCCAUAUAUGAGCAGAUUCCAGAAAGACCCAAUAAAUCCAGACCUCCAUUACCACCUCUGAACUCCAAACGCUGACUCCAGGUCAUCUCUCCCUGACCUUCAACCCUUUCUACUACCAAAUGCAUCCGUUUCAGGUUGAGUACUAGAUCUACAUUCAAUAAUACAGCGAAAAACAUACAGGAAUCAUUGGACUUGAUGCAUAUGGUGCUGUACAUCGCAGUGCUUCCUGUUAUCCUGUUAUCCCCCCCCCCUCCACAGAUGUGUUAUGUUGGAUUGCAUGUUUAGCUGCAUAAAUAUGACUAGAAGCUACCAUUGUCUUUGUAAAAGAACUGUAUAUAAAGAGGAUUUAGAUCUACUAGAGCAUCAGCUGGAAUAUCAGAUUUAUGUGUAGAUUCAUUAAUAAAAUAUUCUAUAUAAAUAUUUGUUGUUUUGAGCUAUAGAAUGAACAUCAGCUAGUUUAAUUUUUUUCCCUUUGAGUAUUUUAAUGUGUAGACUGAGGAACUUGAUACCACUUGAUACCGUGAUGCAACAAAAUGAGCUCACUGUCCUAUCACCUUUGGUCAUUUUGAGAACUUCAAGUCUAUUACUACUACUACUACUACUACUACUACUACUAUUAAUGAUAAGUGCCACAAACUCCCUUAAAUAAAGCAACUAUGCAAUUACGGUCACAAAAACAGGAAAACCAACCACAUCUCAGGUGUAUGUUUUUGUAAAAACCCACUUUUAUUUGUUCCCACUGGAGAAAAAAGACAAUAAUGACCCAAUUUGUCUUAACACUUAAUUACAAAAAAAAGAAGGAGGAAUAGAUUGCUCGAGCCUGGGAUGGCAGUUGAAGAUGAGUUGAAGUUGAAGAUGGAAAGGUGACUUCAGUCAUGCGCUGGCACGGGUGGGAAAAAAAAAAAGAAAUACAGCCUGUCCAAACUUGCAUACUUAGUCAUGUUACCCCAAUAUGGGUAAUAAAAUUACUGAAACUCAGAAAAAACAUUUCUGUCCCAAUCCAUGACCCCCUUUUUAAUGCUUUAACAGUAAACUUCUCCUUUAGUUCUUCUUGCUU